GCAUCAUCAUGAUGAAGUCGCAGCUCAGCUGCUCUGUCCUGUGCCUGUGGAUGUAAAUCCUCCUCCGUCAGUGACGGUGUAGUUGUUGUUUUUGUUGUUGUUGUUGAUGAUGAUGAUGAUGAGGAUGAUGAGAGGGGUCUCAGCUGAUUGAUCGGUGGAGGACUCGGUCAUCAGUUGUCAGCAUGGACGGACUGCAGGCGGAAAACAGCGGAGACACCGCGGAGGAAAAGUAUCGCGCUCUCGCCUGUGACACGGCUCUCAGCACUCUGCUGGCCGUGGUCGUGUACGUGCUGGUCAAAGUGAGUCUGGACGGCAUCAGACAGUGGCGGGCCAGGAUCUCGGUGCUCAUCGUGGGCUCGGGUCCCGUGGGUCUGACGGCGGCGCUGGUAGCUGUCCGCUCCGGGAAGGUGCUGAAACUGACCGUGCUGGAUGAGCGGUACCGGAGCGCGCUGCUCUGCCGGCCCCAGCAGAUCGCUCUGGAUCCACGCAGCGUGAAGUUCCUGCUGGGACUCGGCGUGGACUUUGACAACAUGGAGGGCUGCUGGCACAACGACCACUUCUUCACCAGGAUCGGCGUGUUUCAGGAAUAUCUGCUGAGCAUCCUGGAGCAGAAGCGACAGCAGGUGGACGUGAAGGUGCAGCUGGGAACAAAGUUCACUGAAGAAUAUCUGCGUCGCAUCCCCCGCAAGGAAUGGCCAAGUGUGAUCGUGGUGGCUGAUGGGUCGUGUGGUGACUCCUGCUCAGUGCUGGGCAUCAGCUCUGACUACACGGUGGAGUCCUGCCACGCCUAUGGAGCUAACGCAACUAUAGAGAGACUAGACCAGAGACAGGUUCCCACACCUGAGAUCCGAGCCCACAGUCUCUACUUUGACCUGUCCGCCUACGGUGUGGAGGCUUUCCGAGAGCAUCGAAACCCGACGUCCAAACCUGGCUUUCACUUGAAGAUCUACGGCACCUUCAGAAACCGCUACAUGGCCCUCGUCUGCCCGACCUCCGACACCAAGAUGGUUCGCUUCCUCAGGCACACAGCAAACUCCUCUAUCAUGAAGAACAUUUUCCACCAGUCCUUUAACGCCUAUAAGACGGACAUCGAGCCUCGCCUCAGCGACGUCACAUGCCACCACAUGCAGUGCAGCCGACGGCUCUUUGAGAUUCAGCUGUCGCACAGACGCAUCAGCGCUGCUUACAUCGAAGGGGACAACGUGGCGGUGACUGUGGAGGGAGAAGCAGCACGUGUCCUCAACUUUGACACAGGUUUUGGGGUGAAUCUAGGUAUGCGUGGUCUGGAAUCAAUGGGAUCUUUCAUUUACAGAACAGCCACUGCUGUGGACCAGAACGACAUUUUAGAGGCACUGUCGGCUAAGAUGCAGCACUCCAGACAUGUGGCUGAGGCCUUCAGGCAGACCGGCCUAGCUGAAUCUAUGUAUGAAUGAAAUAGAAGACCGUCCUGCUGAGUGCAUGGCGCCAGCGUGUGAAAAGUGUUGGUGGAUAAGCUGUGUUUACAAUAAAUCAUGAGUGUGCUGCUGAAAUGGACCGCUAACGGUUAUGAGCUGUAGGAGUAUAUGUUGUAAACAGAUGAAUAAUGGACACGAACAUGUGUCCAUAUGUCUCUGUGAGAUUCAGCAAGUAGAGCUACUCGAGAACUGCUCGUCUACUUCAAGACAAGACCAAGAUUAUAGGCGUCAAGACGGAGUCAAGACCUAGACCAGUGCACGAUGAGUCUAUAUCAAAAUCUUUGUCUCCCUUGUUCCUCUCAGAGGGUCUAAGGACAGAGGAUGUUUCUACAAGUAAAAUCACAAAGUCCACCGUGUUGUGGAUGUGAAUGUGUUACUAAGCAACUUGCCAAAUCGGAAUGAUAACAAACAUGAUUAAAUUAAAAUUCAGCAGUAUUAUUUGCUCUUAAACGCUGGGGUUUGCUCUAAAAUUGUGUAUGGAGGGGAGGAGCUCUGUGCGUCUCUAUUUAUCAGUGUUUGUACAGAAUGUUAAUGUAAACUAUUGCUCAACAAACAUGUAGAGAAGCAAUGUUUUCAUUGUUAUGGUCACAUUUUGUCGACAUACUGUACACAAACACAGUCAUGCUCACUGUCUCCCUCUUCCUCUAUCAGUGGUACUGCAGCCUCAAUGCUGGAGUCAGCUCUUCAUUUCCUCAUCUUUAGCAAUUUUAAAUAAAGUGGCACAGCUUUUCUGUGUAUGUUUGUAUCCAGGGAAGACUUCUCAUCUAUAGCAAACCAAAGGCAGUGAUGUAGGGACAGGUGCAGUGACUCAUGAGUGAGUUUUGUUUGUUUUUUUAAUUGUAACAGUGUUUGAGGAGGAGUUAUGUUAACUAUGGCUGUGGUGCGUCAUGGAGCUAUAU